AUGGGGACAGCACCGACGAACAAGACUCCGUUCAGGUUGGCAGAGUUGAAGUACAAGAGGAAAGAUCAGCCACUGGAUUUGUCGGAUGUGUUGGAUUUGAGUGAUGUGGAGAAGCUGCCGGAGGGAUUGAGAAGGGUGGAGCUCAAUUUACCGCGACAGGAGGCCGUUCACCAGGCAUGCCUCAUCAUCCUCCCCAACGUCCUCCCACCCCGCACGCAACGCACCCUCAUACGAAAAACACUCCUCCGCGACAUCGCAAAACCCUACAACAAAGGCAACCUUACCCCCUUCUACCCCUUCAUUCCCGGGGGCCUCUUCGCCGCCGCGAUUGCGACACAGCAACAAAGCGAAGAAGAACAAACUCUAGAUCUUGUCCAACCACUACAAGACCACCUAAAACCUAUGUCGGUACGGGAAUUACUGGAGAAGAAGUUACGCUGGAUCACACUCGGUCACCAAUACGACUGGACCUCCAAGACAUACCCACCAUCCCCACCCCCACCAUUCCCCACCGACAUUGCCCUCCUCUCUUCCCGCCUUGUCUCCGUCCUCCCAUCCUCUACACACACCUGGCUUGCGCAAACCGCAAUCGUCAAUUUCUACUCACCAGGCGAUACGUUGUCCCCCCAUACCGACCACUCCGAACCCAACCACACCGCACCACUCCUCUCCCUCUCUCUCGGUUGUUCAGCAAUCUUCCUAAUGGGACGGGAGACGAAGGAUGUCGCGCCACUUGCCAUUUUAGUGCGGAGUGGGGAUGCUGUCGUCAUGACUGGGAAGGCGAGAAUGGGGUUUCAUGCUGUGCCGAGGGUGAUUGAGGGGACGUGUCCGGGGUAUUUGGGGGAGGUGGGUGGGCAGGGGGAGGGGGAGGAUGGGUGGGUGGAGGAGUUUGCGGGGUAUAUGAGGGGGAAGAGGGUUAAUUUGAAUGUGAGGCAGGUUGAUUUGGAUGUGGAUGAGGCGUGA